AUGGUGAGCACCGCACGAAGCUACGUCAAGACUGCCAUCGACAGCCUGGAGCUCCUCAAGUCCGCUAUCAACUUCCCAUCUCUGCCAUCUCUGCCAUCUCUUCCAUCACCACCUUCCGGUUCUGGCAGGAGCUCCCUUCCGUCUCCACCAUCUCUUCCUUCCCCACCAUCUCCACCUAGCCCACCAUCUCCACCAUCUGCUCCAUCUCCCCCAUCUUUCAGAGGCCAACCACCAAAAUGGCCCUGGGUGUACCAAGGACCUUGUAAGGGCUCUUCGGGAGGAAUGGGCUAUCCUCCAGCAAAGGGACAUUUCCCGACUGGUGGAAAGUAUGCCGAGGCGUCUUCAAGAAGUAGUGAAGGCAAGAGGAGGAAACACGCGCUACUAAACGAUGAUAAGUAUCCUUGCCCUAGCUUACCAGCAAUACCGAAGCGGAACACUGUUGAGGAACCUCCUACAGACCACCAGGGAAUACCUCAACUAUGCCGUGAUCAGACUGAACCAGUUGCAGAACUUCAUCAGCACCUUGCAGGUCCCGGCCUUGCCUUCGAUACCACAGCCCACAGUCCCAGGCAGGAUUUGGCAACAGUGGGCUGGACGCUAAUUGUUUCAUGUACGGUCAAAUUAUAA